AUGUCCCGGGAGGAGGACCCUGACGAGGAGUACAUCUCGGGAGAAGAGGAAGACUACUAUGAGGGGGAGGAGGAGGAGUGCGAUCUAGAAGAUCCUUUGGAGGACGAGGAUGAGGACGAGUAUGGGGAUGAGGAUGAGGAUCGAGGUACCGAUCGCCAGGAUACCGAGGAUGAGGAGGGCGAAGAAGACGAAGAAGAUGGCGGCGACAACGAACGCAAAGACGAUUGGGAGGGGACGCUGCUGCGUACCACAGCCGCAGCCGCAGCGUCUUCCCGAUCCGCUCGUCCCGCGGAGCCCCCGGGCCCCACUCCCUACGCCGCGAGCCUCGCCUCAAAGGACGUCGAGUCAGCAUUCCGCCUGCUGUUCACCCAGUCCCUAGAGCGCCUCAUCCUAGAGAUGACCAACCUGGCCGCAACUACGGCGCAAGGCACGGCUGGUGGAGGGAAAUGGACGAGGUAUACCUGCGCGCGUACGUGGGCCUGCUGCUCCUGUCCGGAGUGUACAGGUCUCGCCGUCCCACAGGCUGGCCGCGGCCUCGCCGUGUUUCGAGCCACCAUGCCCCUCAAGGCGUUUCACGCGUCCUCCUCCCUGCUGUGCUUCGACGCCCGAGAGACCAGAGCCGCUAGACGCGCCGCCAGGGACAAGCUGGCCGCCACGAGGGCCCUCUGGGACAGAUGGUCCGCGCGGCUGCCCUACCUGUACAACCCCAGGCCCGACGUAACGGUGGACGAGCAACUGUCUCCAUCCAAGUACGGGAUCAAGCUCUGGGUGGCGUGCGACGCGCGGUCCAGCUACGCCUGGAACAUGCAGGUCUACACCGGCAAACCCUCGGACCGCGCGCGCCCAGGUUUCUUUCGGGAGGAGCGAGAACUGACCGAGGGCCUGAGGGGGCCUCGCGGCGGCACCUGCGACAACUUUUUCACCUCCUACGGGCUCGCGCUGGGGUUCCUCGACCGGCGGAACCUCACCUUGGUCGGCACCGUCAGGAAGAACAAGCCCGAGCUGCCGGCAGGCGGCGCGCUCCUCCGCGAUCGCCUUCCGUCGGGGCCCGCCAUCGCCCUGCUCUCCCACGUGCCCAAGAAGAACAGGAACGUGCUGAUCCUGAGCACGCUGCACGCGGACCCGCGGGACGUGGCUCAAGUCGGCGGUGACCGAGGCGACCGCAAGCCAGACUUCGUCCUCCACUACAACAAGACCAAGGGCGGCGUGGACAACCUGGACAAGCUCGUCGCCACCUACAGCUGCAGGAGGACGACCGCCCACUGGCCCCUCGCGCUCUUUCACAACGUGCUCGACGUGUCCGCCUACAACGCCUUCGUCAUAUGGCGCGAGCUCAACCCCGGCUCAACUGCGGCAGCGGCCGAAGCCGAAGCCCAGCGGGAAUCCGCUGUGGGCGAAGACCCCCCUCCGCGGAUCCCCGGACCCGAACCCGCACCCGAACCCGCACCCGCACCCGCACCGCGCCAGGCACCACCCCGCAGAGGAGCUGCAGCGCUGCCCGCCAGCAAGAGGAAGAGGUGUCAGAUAUGCCCCAAGAAAAAGGACAGCAAAACGCACGCGGUCUGCCGCGGCUGCAGCCGCUACAUCUGCAGGAGCUGCGCGCUGCCUGCUGUCCCGCCUGCGCCGCGGGUCUGGGUGACCCCCGCGGGUCAGGGUGACCCCUGA